AUGACGUGGCCAACAGAGAAUAAGGUAUGCGAUAACGCAAUGUCCAAGCGCAUCGGAUAUUUCGAAUCGUGGGCUUCCAACCGCACCUGCGGCAAGUAUGAGGUUGGUGAUAUCGACCCGCAGCAAUUCACCCAUUUGCACUUUGCUUUCGCCGACAUCAAUGCCGAUUUUGCCCCAAAUCUGAACGACAAUCAAGCGCAGCAGCUCGGGUCGAUGAGAAAGCUUAAAGAGAUCAACAAAUCACUCAAGGUCAUCCUUUCAGUCGGCGGCUGGGCUUUUAACGACCCAGGACCUACUCAGCAUCGAUUCAGUGAUCUGGCUGCCUCUUCAGAGGGUCGCAAGAAGUUCAACGCCGUCAUUGCAACCUGGAUCAAGCAAAAUCUGAUCGAUGGUGUCGAUAUUGACUGGGAAUACCCCACAUCUCCUGACCACGGAGGUCGUCCCGAGGACUAUGAGAAUUUUGUCACUUGGAUCAAGGAGCUGCGUGAAGCCGUCGGCAGUGGGUCAAUCUCCAUCUCGGCUCCAGCAAGCCCAUACUAUUUGAAGGGGUAUGACAUUGUUGCUCUUUCUAAGCUCGUUGACUACAUCGUCUACAUGACCUACGAUCUACAUGGUACAUGGGACGCUAACGUCAAGUCUGCUGGUCCUUACCUGAACCCGCAUGCCAACAUUACUGAGGUAAAUACGGCCAUCAAGAUUCUCGAGCGCGCCGGCGUUAAAUCUGACAAGAUUCUGAUGGGUCUCGGGUUCUACGGCCGCUCGUUUAAGAUGGCCGACUCAAGGUGCUCGACGACUGGGUGCAAGUUUACCGAAGGGGGUGCUCCAGGUAAAUGUACCAAUGCUAGCGGAGUCCUGUCGUACGCGGAGAUUGCCGAACUCAAGAGCAUUGCGAGCGACAUGCGUUACGAGCAGGAUGCGAUGGUCAACAUCAUGGUUUAUGGCGAUUCGAACUAUGUUUCGUACGACGACCCGGCUUCUCUGAAAAGGAAAGUGAUGGGGGCCAAAUCGCUUUGCUUAGCGGGUACUGCCAUGUGGGCUAUCGAUAUGGAUGACAAGGAUGGGUAUCAACUAUCAGCCAGCGCAUAUCUCUGCCCCUAA